AUGGAAAAGGAAGUGUUAUGGGCUCUGACUCAUGCUCGAUUGAACAUCAUGGAUCUUAGUGAUCUUAACAAAGUCUGGGAAAUUAAGCCACUCAAAAGAAUUGGAGAAGAUGACGCAAGGAAGAUUCUUGAAAAGGUAGCUAAGCAGGUUCAACCAAUAAUGCGAAAAAGAAAAUGGAAAGUCAAUGUUCUUUCUGAAUUCUGCCCUGCAAAUCCAUCACUUUUAGGGCUAAAUAUAGGACCAGGUGCAGAAAUAAAGAUAAGACUGCGGAGGCCUAACUGCGAGUGGGAUUUCUUCCCUUAUGAGCAGAUUCUUGAUACCAUGUUGCACGAGCUUUGCCAUAAUGAACAUGGUCCCCACAACGCUCAGUUUUAUAAACUUUUGGAAGAAAUUAGAAAGGAAUGUGAAGAACUGAUGGUCAAAGGGAUUAGUAGCACUGGGAAAGGAUUUGAACUUAAUGGAAGACGUCUCGGUGGGUUCUCCCAGCAACCACCUUUGUCAUCUCUUCGCCAGACUGCAUUGGCAGCUGCUGAAAGCAGAGCACAUCAUAGAGGUUUGCUUCCUUCUGGACCUCAAUAUUUAGGUGGUGAUAAAAAUAUCAAGUCUUCUCUGAGUCCAAUACAAGCUGCUGCGAUGGCUGCUGAAAGGAGACUGCACGAUGACAUGUGGUGUGGGUCAAAGUCUCAAGGGGGUGACCCUUAUAUAAAGGACAGCACAAGUUCUAGUGGACCUUCUGCAAGAUCUAUUCGAACUUCAGCUAUUCAAUCUGCAACAGCCGAAGGAACAUUUGAGGGAGCAAAAAGGCAGUGCAAAACUUGCACUUUAUUAAAUAAGCCAUUAGCAUUGGUAUGCGAAGCCUGUGGAACAGAGAUGCAGAAAGAUGUUUCCAAGUUCAAAGUUUGGUCUUGCAAAUUUUGUACUCUAGAAAACGGUGUUGAGCAAGAUAGAUGCCUAUGUUGUGGAGAAUGGAGAUAUUCAUAUGGCCCAUCAGUGUCAAUCCAUUUCAGCGGAAGGAGCGACUCGGAGUGGAUUGGAGUGGAGUUGAAUCCAUAUUUUGUUGGCAUAAACACGAGGCUGCCUGGAUCUGAGCUCGGGUGUGCUUCGCAGAUGGGUUCGGUGGAGGAGAAGAUAGAGCGCGAUCCUUUCGACAACCUUGACAGUGACGAUGAUGACCACACUCCCUUCGCCUCUUCCCCAUCCGCCUCUAAAGUCCAUCCCUUCAAUUUCGAGACACGCGUUGUUAAUAUCCGGAGCUCAUCCAUCUUCAAAAUUACACGUAUCAGCAGGAGUAUAUAUUUUGUCUUAAUUAAGGCCAAGAUCAACAUCUUGCUUCCUUUUGGUCCAUUAGCCAUUUUCCUCCAUUAUCUAACCGGACACCAUGGAUGGGUCUUCUUCUUCACGUUAUUGGGUAUUGCUCCUUUGGCCGAACGUCUCGGUUAUGCUACUGAGCAGCUUGCCUUCUUCACAGGACCAACAGUUGGGGGUUUGCUUAAUGCCACAUUCGGCAAUGCGACUGAAAUGAUCAUCUCAAUUUAUGCAUUGAAAAGCAACAUGAUAAGGGUUGUUCAGCAAUCUUUACUUGGUUCUAUCCUGUCAAAUAUGCUUCUGGUUCUUGGCUGUGCAUUCUUUACUGGUGGCAUUGCUCACUACAAAAAAGUACAGGAAUUUGAUAAGGCAGCUGCCGUUGUGAAUUCUGGGUUACUCUUGAUGGCUGUAAUGGGAAUUCUGUUUCCUGCUGUGCUUUACUUUACUCACUCAGAAGUUCAUGAAGGGAAGUCAGUGUUGUCUCUAUCAAGAUUUAGCAGCUGCAUAAUGCUAGUGGCAUAUGCAGGCUUCCUUUUCUUUCAACUUAGAAGUCAGCAAAAUGUUUAUAGUCCAGUUAAUGAGGAAGGAGAAAAUGGGGACAAUUCUGAUGUGGAAGAAGAACUUGAAUUAACUCAGUGGGAGGCAAUAACCUGGCUUGCUAUUUUGACAGCAUGGGUAUCUAUAUUAUCUGGAUACCUUGUAGAUGCCAUAAAGGGAGCAUCUGAGUCAUUAAAUAUGUCAGUGGCUUUUAUUUCUGUCAUCUUGCUGCCAAUUGUAGGCAACGCUGCAGAACAUGCCAGUGCCAUCAUGUUUGCCGUGAAGGACAAGCUUGACAUUACUAUUGGAGUUGCCAUUGGAUCGUCUACACAGAUAUCUAUGUUUGUGAUCCCCUUCUGUGUGGUUGUUGGAUGGUGCAUGGGAAAAGAAAUGGACUUGAAUUUUCAACUCUUUGAGACCGCCACACUUUUUAUCACUGUGUUGGUAGUUGCGUUUAUGAUGCAGGAAGGAACCUCAAAUUAUUUUAAAGGCUUGAUGCUUAUACUAUGCUAUCUUAUAGUUGCUGCCAGUUUUUUCGUACAUGUAGACCCUAAAAGUGGUGAGUUACUAAGAAUAUACUGCGUAAUUUCACAAUUGCACAAGAUUUAUGUGAUGAGGCAGAAUCUAGAUGAAUCUCCAAUAUUUCUUUUGUGCUGA